AUGAAUUGGACAGGUGGAUCUCUUUACAGAUCUCGAAACGCAAAUGCCUCCCUCACUGCCAUCCAAAAGAAGCACUUCGCCAAAAUCCGAGCAAAGCGAAAUGCUCCCCAGCCAUCGCCUCAUCCAGCAGACCCUUUCGCCUUCUUGAAUCCACAGCCUGGGGGCCAAAGGACAUUGCAUGAGUUUGCUGAAACGCAACCUAUAGCCAGUAGGCUCGAAGGCAUCAAACCUCGGCGCAAUGAUAUCAAACGUGAGAGAUCAGCCACGCCAGCCUAUGCUCAGUCUCAAGUGAAGCCCACUUCACAGCAUUCUCGGCCAAUAAGCAUCAGUUCUCGCUCAUCAGACUCUUCAUCAUCUAACGAUGCUUCACCGCCACCGCAGCCGUCACAAGAUGACAACGACGACGAAAGCACUCAUUCACUCGAAGCCUACCGCCGCCGCCUCCUUGCCACAAGCGACUGGAUUGGUAUCAACUGUACCAAACCAGCUAGAGUCAACUUCAUCGCUAUGGAAGAUAGAGAACAAAUCGGGAAGCGGAGACGACUCAGCCAAAUUCCAGACUAUGAUCCGACUCGCCGCACGAAACAGCGGCCGAAACGUACUUCGUAUUUCGAUGGUCAAGGCGGUGCUCCUAGGUUGUCACAGGACUAUGUGAGCCUAGCAGAUGUCAGUGUCAGAAUUGGGAGUACUGUUGAAAAAAGCUUGAGGCAGGGUGGGUCAUGCAGGGGAAAUUCUCCUAAGCUUGCAGAGCUGAAUGCCGAUGAGAUGUUGUUAGAUGAUGAAGUCGCUGAGUCCGAAGACCGCUUCCCAAACCCCUUCCGUAAUGGGUAUCUGGACUCUGAAAAUUGGAUCUCUGAUCAGCGAGAUGGGCAGCUGUCUCAAUAUAGGCGUUCCAGCUCUCCAGCUUCACCUACCCAAGCGCAGAAACGAGGAUCUGCUCACCGAGGAGACGUUGAAAUGGGGAAGACUAUCGAAGAAUCCAAAUCUCGGAAGCGCAAGGCGAGGUUAUCUCGGGAUGACCUUGAAAAUGCCGGCUCAGCAGAAGUUUCUGAUUAUUUCCUCAGCCUCGAUCACCCAAAUGCGUAUCACAGUAGUACCCCUACAUUCCACACUUGGAGCGGUAUCAAUGAUGCUGUGGUGCCAGGAAUUCAUAUGAUGCCUCGUCUGUCUAAUGUAGGAUCUGAUGAAGUUGUGAGCAAGAAUGAGGCAGUUGCUUCGAGCAGUGAGUUUUAUGCCGAAGCGCAGGAUGAAUCAAUUGAACACCCACACGAAGAAGAUGAAGAGAAAAUCUGGAAGGAAUAUGUCAACUUCGACGGCGACCAUGGUUCGAUGGCCAGCCAGCCAAGGGCACAACCAUAUGAUCUUACUACCAAUAAGCCUAUUACACCCAUUCCAAGGCACGAUACACUUGAAGCGAGCCAUAGACAUAAUAAAGACCCUCAGAUUGCCACAGAGGCUACUUUGUAUUGUCAAGAAAAGGAGCCAAUGCCUGCUCAAGACGAUGAGACCCUUUGGCGAUCUUUCGUCUUCGGCAACGAGUGCUCCAAUGAUGAAGGGGACCUCGAAGAGCCCACGUCUUCAUCGAGGCCAAAUGAGACCCAGCCGUCCAUCAUGGCAGAACAAGGCACGAGCCCGGUAAAGCAAAACCCUCAUCUUCUAGAGGAGACACCAGUAGAUGAUGACUCAAGCAAAGCACUAACAGGCAUGGACACCGCAUCAAUGCAAGCACAAGCAGACGAUGGAGACAUCUCACAGGAAGAGGCAAAAAGCGAAUGGGAUGACCUACAGAUCCAAUUCUCAUCAGACGCAGCUUUACAGGAGCCGCCUACUCCUUCCUCAGCCAACCAUGGCAACCGCCUGCCGAGUCCGCGAGUAGCUUCUCCUUCCUCGAUUGAACCUCAGCCGUCAUCAACAUUCACCAGCCCCAUCCCAACACCCUCCCUCAUAAGUGCUGCGCAGAUCCCACCACCGGUCUAUCCUCCUCGUUCAUCAGCUUCAUUGCGGCAACCUCUCCUUUUCAAGAAGCCUGACCGGUACCAAGGGACUUCUCAGGAUCUAUCAGAACCGACAAUUAUCGGUGCCUCCCUUCCCAGAUCGAUACGUUCAGCCAGGCUUAAGGCACAAGAGGAGAUACUGAGAGAUGAAGUUAGGGGGCUCGGUUUUGAGGAUCCUAACGGAGGUAGACAGUGGAUCGACGAAAUUGAAGACGACUGA